UUUUCACUAUCAGAUCAAACAUCAUAUGAACACGUGCGUACGAAAUGGCAUCCAGAACUUAAAAGAUAUCGUCCUACUGCAGCUAUCGUGUUAGUUGGUACAAAACUUGAUACACGGGACGAUAAAGAGUAUGCUGAGAAACAUGAAAAAGAAGGGAGAAAAAUAAUUACAACAGAAGAAGGGAUAGAACUAGCGAAAAAAAUAGGAGCUGUGAAGUAUUUAGAAUGUUCUGCAUUGACGCAACAAGGUGUAAAUGAAGUAUUUGAGGAAGUGGCUAGAGCUGGGUUACAUGUUUUGAAAACAACUCAUACUCCAACUCAAAGAAAAAAAUGUACAUUGUUAUAAUUUAUUAGUAAUAUUAUAUUAA